AUGGCUUAUAAAAACUGUUGUGUUGUGUUUAUUAUUUUGGCUCUCGCAAUAGUUCACGCAGUGAGUGACGACACGGAACUAUUUGAAACGGCACCUUGCGAUAGUAAUGCAUGUUUUGAUGCACUUCAUGGAGCUCUCGGUGACUGUUCUUGUAAUGUUGAUACGAUCGACUAUUUUAACAACGUCAAAAUAUUUCCCCGUAUACAGAGCUUAGUGAGCAAAGACUAUUUUCGGUUUUACAAGGUCAAUUUAAAAAAAGAAUGUCCAUUUUGGGCAGACGAUAGCAGAUGUGCAAUGAAAUAUUGUCACAUAAAAACCUGCUCCAAAGAGAGUGUACCUGGUUUAGAAAAUGGAUAUAAUAACGAACUAGAUGAAGAAAUACCGGCUGCAAAAUACUCCAAAGAUGCGCAGACCGAUUGCAGUAAAGAUACUGAUCAUGACCCAGCUCUCAGUUAUUUGAAUAUGACUUUGAGUGCUGCAAGUCAAUUUGAAAUUGCCAAAUGGAAAGCAUAUGAUGAUUCAGUAGGAAAUUUCUGUGAAUGUGAUGAUAAAGAUGCUGAUGCUGAUUAUGUUGACUUGUCUCUUAACCCUGAAAGAUAUACAGGCUAUAAGGGCCCUUCUGCUCAUAGGAUUUGGAGGAGCAUUUACCAGGAGAAUUGCUUUCGUCCUAAAGCAAAUCCAUAUGAAUCAUUUCCAUUUGUAUUAAGCUCAGACUUAAGUAACAUGUGCCUUGAGAAGAGAGUAUUUUAUAGAGCUGUAUCAGGAUUACAUUCCAGUAUUAACAUACAUUUAUGUUCAAAAUUUUUGUUAUCAGAAAAAAAAUUAGGUUUUGCUGCACCACCAGAAGGUGAAUGGGGACCUAACUUGGAUGAGUUCCAACGUCGUUUUGAUCCAUCACAGACAUUUGGGGAAGGUCCAAAUUGGCUAAAGAAUUUAUAUUUUGUUUAUUUAUUAGAGAUGAGAGCUUUGGCAAAAGCUGGGCCAUAUUUAGAGCGUGAGGACUAUUUCACUGGUAAUCCAGUUGAAGAUGAGGAAACAAGAGAUGCAAUUCGUAAUAUGUUAGGUGUCAUAUACUCAUUUCCAGAUCAUUUUAAUGAAUCAUCCAUGUUCACUGGAGGUAGCCAGGCUGCCAAAAUAAAACAGGAGUUCAGAGAUCAUUUUUGGAACAUUUCUAGAAUAAUGGAUUGUGUUGGUUGUGACAAAUGUAAGCUUUGGGGCAAGUUGCAAACACAAGGCUUAGGAACUGCUCUAAAAAUUUUAUUUUCUGGACAGUGGGACAGUUUUGAGAAGGAUCCGGAUCAGGGUACUCUUUUGUUGCAACAUAAGUCACAUAAACGUCUGCAAAGGACUGAAAUAGUGGCACUCUUCAAUGCAUUUGCAAGACUAUCAAAUAGUAUUAGAGAAUUGGAAAACUUCAGAAACAUGCUCAGCUCUCACACGGAACGUCCAAAAAGGAAUAUAUUUGACCAAGACCAAACGGAGACGAAGACACAACGAUGCUCAUCCGGCAGUACAAAACCUAGAAUAUGGAGU